AACAAUAAUAAAGUUAAUGAUUAAAGAUUCGAGUAGAUAAACUUUUGAAUAGAAACAAAAAUAUGUUGUAAAAAAAAGAGUCUUAGCAUAUUAGAAAAUAAUUAAAAAUUAAAACUUUAUUAAGUUAAAAGAAGAAACUGAAUUUUUAGAGGGAAUACAUUCGAAAUCCUAUAUGUAUGAAGAGGCCUAAAAAGAAUUCAACUAGAAAUUUUCAAAAUAAUACAAUAAGAUAUAAACUUUAUACAAAAAAUCCAUCUAAAAUAAAAAUAAUGAUAACAAGAAAAAUCAAUAAAGAAAGGAAAAAAUAACUUUUAACAUUAACAAAGAUUUUGAAGAAUGA